CAGUACGAAAUACGAAACGAUGCCAAACACAAUAAUAAGCUUGUCUAGAUUCUUGAACUUCAAUGCACGUAAACACAUUCAUUACGAGUGAGCAGUUUGAAUACAUCCACAGUCUGAACGGAUUGCUCUUCGACUUCGGAGGGGAAACCGAAACCAGUCCACUCCACUGAGGAGACCUAGAUCUAGAUCUAGAAUAGAUUCUAGAGAAAGUGAAGACUCUUACUCUUUCUAUUCUCAGAGAAAAGAAACAAAAAUCCUUAACGAUGAUGGAAAAUGAGAAGCUACCAUUAGUGUCAAUCACAGUCCCUGUGCACAAUGCAUCAGCGUGGAUAUCAGAAUGCCUCAAAUCUGUACUGCAUCAGACCUACUUGGGGCCAAUGGAACUCUGUAUCUACAAUGAUGCCAGCAGUGAUGACAGCAUGGAAAUUCUAAAUGAGAUGAAAGAUUUGUUUGAUUCAAGAGGAAUCAAGGUCAAAGUCACUGGACAUUCAGGGGAACCGAAAGGAGUGGGAUUUGCAAAGAAUCAAGCCAUAGCAAUGGGCAGUGGAGACUAUUUGUGUUUCCUUGAUGCAGAUGAUGUGAUGCAUCCCGAUCGAGUUUCCUGUCAGCUACAAGCUGCUCAGCUGGAUCCUCGAGCGAUUGUGGGCUGUAAAUUUCACAGGAAGCCAGAGGGAUCGACAGAACGAUUUAGUCAGUGGGCGAACAGGCUUUGUCCACACCAGCUCUACACACAGGCAUAUACAUCCCAUGGCCCGACAGUGAUCAUGCCUACAUGGUUCUGCCAUAGGAAUGUUGUUGAAUCUGUCGGUGGAUUCCAUGAGGGAGGCAAGGGAGUCCCUGAAGAUUUGAUUUUCUUUUACGCCCACUUGUGUGGUGGUGGAACUCUGACCCGUGUUGAUAAAGACCUACUGAUGUAUCGAUACCAUCCAGAAUGCGCAACCUUUUCUGUGAAAGAGGAAACUAUAUGGGACAAGCGUGUGGCAUUCUUGGAGCAAGAGGUUCUGAAGAAAUGGGAUCACUUUUCUAUAUGGAACGCUGGGAAACAGGGUCGUAAGCUAUUCCGCUCUCUCUCACGGACAAGUCAAUCUAAGGUGACAAUGUUUUGUGAUGUCGAUGAAAGAAAAAUCUCCAAAAAGUAUUACAUAUAUGAAAACUCACCAGAAGUGCCAAAGCCCAAAGUUCCCAUAGUCUACUUCACUGAGGUGAAACCACCGAUAAUCAUCUGUAUAAAAAUGGAUUUGUCCGGAAACUUUGAACAAAAUCUCUCAAGUCUGCGAUUGAAAGAAGGCAGGGACUUCAUUCACUUCAACUGAUCUUGUAAAUAAAAUGGUUUUAGUAUCUUGAAAAAGU